UUAUCGUAAGGUUGAGGACAUCGGGAUAUCCUAUCCUGUCUUCCUGAAAAUACUAAAUUCAAUAUGUAAGAGACAUUUUUGGUGAAACAAUCAAAAGGCAACAGACGCCGUACUUUUAUAAACAUCUCUAGGCUAUCAAAAUGACUAAUUUGGCAAAGUUAGAAAUAUCUGAAUAAGAGGGGUUAUUUAAAAUUCAAUGAACCUCAUAAUUAUUUUUCAUUUGAUUAGCAUAUUUAUGAAUAUCGUGUUUGUCAUCCUGAUUGAUGGUAGAAUAAAAGCAAUAGUAGCCUACGGGAUUCCCAAGCACAAGGACCUCCUCUCCCUCUGAAUUUGAACACUGUGCUUAUAUGCAAUUGGGUUUUAAAGUGAGCUAAAACAUAAAAAAUCACUAUGGUCAUUUGAAUUACUAUAGUAACUUAUGGCGUGGUUAUGGCAAUGUUCAUGCAAGCAGUAGCCUAUUUACUUCAAUUUCGAGUUCAAUCUCUGGAUCUGUUCCACAUAACCUACCACAAGAGUACACACGCCAGCAAUCCUCAAAUGGCUUGUUUGGGGACAUUUAUUUUAAAACUCUUCACAGAAUUAAUUGCUGCCAAUAGCAUUUAUAACUAUUGCAAGAGGAUUUCCUAUUGUGAAAUGAAUCAUAAUAAUGCUCCAAUGAUUCAAUUUCUAUUUUGCAGAAGUGACCUCGAAGACACAGUAACCCCGUGACCACAAAUAUGUACAUGUUAACCCUGUAUAACUGUUAAUUCAAAAGUUAUGAUGUGAGAAACCUGGGAAAACAAAAACAACACAGAAAAGAACAACCGGGUUGGACAUGGUAUUUAUGCAGUGUUUAUAGAUCUAAAACUCGGACAAAGAUAAGUGUUGUUUUUCAGAUAAAAGUCCUCCUCACAAGACUUGAACAGUGAUCAAUAGGCCAGAAACACGUAAUUUCUUCCUAUAGAAAGCAAGAUAAGGCUGUCUCUAAAAAAGAAUAGCUUUAAACAUGGGAAAUAACGGAUUUCAAAUUCAAAUUUCAAACUUUAACUGUGUUCCUCAGUUAUUAUUAUAAUGUCCCAGGAAGACAAGUUUUCACUUAACGUCAUACAUAAAGUAUUAGCCAACCGUAUUAGGCUACAAACCCUAAUCCUAACCCUAGUAUUCAGAAAUCAACUACACUGAGUUUGGAAACGGUAAUAAUAUUGCAGUUUAUGUAACAUGAUUUCAGAAUUACUAGACCAGGCAGGCCCUGCUCGAAAGAAAAUGGUAAAUAAUUGGAUAGUGCCACCUUAUGCACAGCCAGCCCUGCUAGGUAGGUUUGGGAUUUAAUUAUUUCCAGAAAUUAUAGUUUGAGGUAUUUUAUUACUAAGACUGAGGCAGAUUUUAACGACAAUUGCAAACAAUGUGCAACGAUUGAUGUUGCUGCGCCUUUAAGACUUACUGUCCCGCCCUGAAUUGAAACUUUCGCGGGGUCUAUCAGUAGCAGACGAAAACUCAAGAGAUUGACAGCGGAACUACACUACGUUAUUCAGAUCAUGCUACUAGCUCCAUGUCAUUGAUAUAGGAUAGACCAUUUUUAUGAUUAAAGGAUACACAUUGAAAACGUCGGUUUUUGAUUGAAGGUACAGGGACUUCACAGUCACUUAGUUCACUGCUUAAAAUGUUUGGACGGUGUUUUUAGCUAGCUAAUGUAAUAGCUGACUAGCUAACUAAGUCAACUACUGUGAUAGGAACCUAAGAAAAAAUUGAAAUUGAAUAAGAAAAUUACAUGGUUAUUUAGAUAAGUAAAUAGUAGACCUAUAUCCUAGUUUGUUCAAAUGUAACAUAGACACUUUAAAUUACCUCCAAGCAUACAGGCAAUUUACACUUGCCUGCUCCACCCGGACCAUAACUCAUGUCUCGUCAUGCCCAACAACAGCACAGCAUGUGUUUCCAGAAAAUUGACAGCCUGACAUUUGACAUCAAGGCAUGUAGAGACAACAACGAGAGGGAUUAUAGAUGUUCCAAUAUUGCUUUGACUGUUAAACGUAAACUGAAUCGAAUCGAGAUAGACCGACGAGACGACCGGUUGAGAGAUGAAGAAAAGAGAAGAAACAGACCUGAGACGCGAUGAGAGGAUGGAGACAGGAUGGCGGGAACAAGGGAUAGGAUCAGCCCUUCCUUGUGACCAGAUAGGUACAACAUUCCACCCCCAGCUCCUAAAAAGAUUAUCAAAUGAAGAAGAAGACGGCACUCUGGAUAAUAAACAUACUGGUGAGAAAGUAGGAAAUAAAACGGAAAGAAUCUUUGAAGAUUCGAUGAGAUUCAGUCUGAGAGAUUCGGACCGACAAGCCGAGGCUCCUGUCAUCAUUCCGCUUGCUAUCUCUCCAUCACUUAGCCUCACGGACACCUGGGCGCCCUCGGUUUCAAACCAUUCCCCUCCCUCCAUCAGUGCCACUCCCUCAACCUCCUCGCCAUCCCCCUAUACUUCACCUGUGCCAUCUCUGACACCUCCCCUGCCCCCAUAUGUGGAGCUCUCUGCAGUGCUGACCGACACCAGGUUGACCCUCGAUGUGUACAAAGGGGGGGCAGCUGUGCUACAGGUACUCUGGAGGAACCUGCCAGGUCAUCUGAGGGGGGUGCAGUACCUCAGACUGGGGUCAGAGGACAAGGCAGGGCUGGAUGGAGCUCUGGAGGUCCUACCCCACCUUACUCAACUCCAUUCUCUUGCCAUCCGAGGCCACCGUUUAUGUGACGCUCAUGGCAGCCCGCUCCCUGGCCUUCUCACAGCUCUUCCCAGCUCCUUGACCUCGCUCUCCCUUCUCAAACACCUGGAUCUCUCCUUUAAUACUCUCUCCUCCUUUCCCCUGUGCCUUGUGUCCCUGCCCCAUCUCUCCUCCUUGCUUCUCUCUCACAAUCAACUCACAACUUUGCCUCCUGAUAUUGGCAAGCUGUCAUCCCUCAGCUACCUCACCCUGUUGGGGAACCAGUUAGUGUCUGUCCCACAGAGUCUGGGACAGUUGAAAACCCUGCAGAAUCUGGACCUUUCUUACAAUUUCCUACAGAGUCUACCUGAACAAAUUGGUGCACUGGAAGCGCUGGUCAAAUUACAGUUGUCACACAACAAUCUAAAGCGACUACCAGAGACCAUGGGUUCCCUCAAGUGUCUCAGGGAGCUGGUCAUCCAUAGCAAUGAUCUCCGUGUUAUUCCACAGUGCCUCACCUCUCUGCCCCUGCUUGAGAUGGAUGUACGCAACAACCCCAUCGGGAGCCCUCCGACCCCUCCUCCACUCCCACCUGCAGCUGAAUGUGCUGAAACAAGCAUUCCGGAGUUGCACCUUGGAUUUGACCAGCACAGUUUCUGUGUGUCGUCUGCUGGCCUUCAUGUGUUCCUCCCUGGUGCGGGAGAGCUGCUGUUCCCCCCAGGGUGCCUGGUGAAGAACACCAGACUGAAGUGGGCUGAGAAACGGCCAGACAGGAAGUGGGUGUGGCUAGAGGAGCAUGACUUCCUGUUGAGUCGUCCACUUGAACUUGUCCCCCAUGGAAUUACAUUUUUGAAGCCUGUGGAGGUGUGUGUGCCUUACCAUGGUGCAAGGAGACGGGAGGUGGUAGUGCGCAGGUUUGACGGACAGUCAUGGAGCACACUACCCACGUUGACUAGGAGGGGAAGUCAAAACCACAGCAGGCACCCUGGAGGUCGCCCUGCCAGGCUGGCCUGCUGCUCCGUGACUCACUUCUCCUGGUUUGUGGCUGUGUCUCGGCCAGUGAGGGACAGCUGCUCCCUCACUCCACAGGGGGCGCUUCUGGUGUCAAGCUCGGACCCCGGAGUGAAACUGCACUUCCCCCCUGACUCCACACUACAGACCCGAGUCAUCACUUUACAGGUGUUGCAGGUUUCUGUGGCCGAGGUCCAGGAGUUGUCUGCAGACCGCGAGGCCUGUGUCAGCCCCCUGCUGUGCCUCUCUCAGAAUCCCAGCUUGGGCUUCCUACAGCCAGUGAAGGUGCAGAUCCCUCUGCCUUCCGGCCUGACAGGUCAUACUGUGGACAUGUUGUCAACAUGGCUGCUUUCUCCUCACAGGUCAUACUGUGGACAUGUUGUCAACAUGGCUGCUUUCUCCUCACAGGUGGACGGCAGAGUGGAGUCUCUGUCUGUCCAGUACGAUGGACCGCAGCCCUCUGACCUGUGCGACCUGCUGGAGGGGGAGCAGUUCUUUGCUGGCUUUGAAAGGGGCCUGGAUGUGAAUGCAGACAGGCCAGACUGUGUGGAGGGACGUCUGUGUUUCGUUUUCUACUCCCGCUUGAAGAACCUUAAAGAAGUGUAUGUGUGCCCAGCCCAGGGACAUGAUGGGCCAGUGAGGGGACAGGUGUCCUUUUAUCGAGGGGAGGUUCCCAAUGAUCUUCCUGUGGAAGUGGCUAGAAAGAGGAAAGGGAACGAUAGCCAAUGGCUGGCAACGUUACCACUGAGACUUCCUGUGAGUGAAAAGAGCACUCCGGUGCCAACCCAGCUGGAAGGCGUUGCAUUUGACUUGAAGCACGCUCUGAACUCGGAGAAGCCCCACAUGGAGGACUACCAGUACCCUCCUCUCAAUCUGGGAGACCCCGAGAGUGGCUACCUGACCGAGGCCAACCUGCUGGCCAUCUCCCUGCAGAUAGGACAGGACUGGCGCACUAUUGGCAUCAACCUGGGGAUAAGCUACCAGGAGCUAGACCGCAUCCAGUACAAGUACAGAGAUAACCUGGGAAGCCUGGUCCUGGACAUGCUGUUCCACUGGGCUCGCGGGCAGCAGGGCGCGGGCCCGGGGGUCUUGCCAAAGCUGAUCGAGGCCAUGGAGGAGAGCGGCAGGAGGGACCUGGCAGAGGAGAUCCAGGACAUCGUCAGCCUGGGCAGGAGGAAGUACAGCGAGUCUCUGAGGAGAGUGGGGCUGGAUGAAGAGGCGUCCUCUGCUCAAAGCGAAGCCCCACACCCACACGUACAGCAGUAG